AUGUUGACGAAGUACCUCACUGCCGUCAGCACGGCAUUCUCGCCCUUCAAUGCUCGCUCAGGGAAGACGGCGCGCAACUUCUUGGCUCUGCUCCCGCCCAAUGCGCGCUCCCGCAUGGCUAUAGACGUGAAGAUGUUCGCUAGGGCAGAUGUUGACAAGCCAGCUAGUCUCAGUCUGAAGUUCAAAGACGGCAAAGAGAUGAAGCUUGACCUGGAGAAGCUUAAGCUUAAGGACAUACAGGUGGAAGUGGAUCGGCAUUCGAGACUGCUGAAGCGGCAAGAGGAACUCGCUGGAUGA